CUGGGUCUGGAGGGAGCCUCACAUCCCUGCUGGUUCAGCCCAUCUCCGCCUUCCUUGCCAAGACUUUAUUGUCGUCGCCAUCAGUGGGACAGGGAGCAGAUGCCUGCACUCUUUUAUCCAUGCCUCCCAACACAGAGCGAAAGAAGAUUACUGUGACUAUUGGAAACCAGAUGUCCUACAAGAAGAUUUACAAUGUUGUUGGAUACCUGAAAGGAAGAAAAAACCCAGAUCGCCACGUUCUGGUUGGUAGUCGUCAUGACAGCAACCAGGGAGGUGGAACUUCAGCCAUUAUGACUCAACUCAUCGCAGCACUAACAGAGCAGACCAAACAGGGAUGGGUGCCGGACCGUACCACUGUGUUCUGCUCAUGGGGAGGCACAGCCCUGGGGAACAUUGGGUCCUACGAGUGGGGAAAGGAUAACAGUGUCGUCCUUCAGAGCAGUGCUGUGGCCUACGUGAGUCUGAACUCUCCAGUUCAAGGGACUGAGACUCUUCAAGCUACAGCAUCUCCAACCCUGCUGCAACUGACCUCUGAUAUACAAAGGAGACAGUUGCUGAGUUGCAUCCGUGGAGGAAACUGUCCUGGGCCCAACGUGAGUUCCUUUCAGCUGCCUGGAGAUGUGAGUUUCUUUGCCAAUGAGCUGGCUGUUCCUACAGUGGAAUUCACCUUUGAACAGACCAAAGCAGAGAGUACAGAGACCACCGGUUUCCUGUCAGAGGCCCAAUUCUCUGCAGAGUCGCCAGAAACACUCGACCCAUUGUUCAAGUUCCACGAAACCAUUGCAAAGAUGACAGCCGAAGCCAUUCUGCGCCUGGUCAGUGACCCUGUGCUGCCUUUCUACCCUCUGGACAUUGUGUUGGAUGUUCAAAACAAACUUAAAGAUAAGAAUGCGGUAUCGCCUCCCCUGCUGUCCUCAGCCUCCACUCUCAGAGACCACGCGGCGUUCUUCCAGUCCGAAGCCAUGCGCCCGGCGAAUGACCCCAAAGAGCGUGACCCCUCCCACGUACGCAUGCUGAACGACGUGCUCCGUGAUCUGGAAAAAAGCUUCAUCAUGCCACAGACACCGGCUGGAGUGUUCAGAAAUUUACUUUACAGCCUUCCAGGAAAAACUCCUCAGUUCUCCAUCCUCAAGUUCUCCCCAGAUGUGGUUCUGCACUGCAGCGUGACGAGCAAAGUGGCCAAGCACUACGCUCUAAACAAGGACGCCUUCUGCCACAGUGCCAAGAACCAGUCUCUGUCUCUGAUCCUCAGGGCGCUGCGCUCGGCCGAGAGGCUGGUUGGCUUUGGGUUGGACCUGUUCCAGAAUUACCCAGGCGCCACCAAAUGAUUCUAAUGCAGAUGUAAAGAGCGCCUCCUCUACCAAUGUCGAAAAUCACUCUGAGGUUCAAGAAAGAAUGAAAUUUACAGUUUCAGCUACUUUUUUUUAAAAAUCCAAAUCAUGCAAAAACAGAUAAAAAAAAAAUAUUAUGAAUGUAUCAGAUCUAACUUGUUGCACUACUAUUUGUUAUGCAAAUGAUACAGAAAAGUGGGUCUGCUUAAAUUGCACUAAUCUGUCUUCCAACAAGUUUGAACCAAAAGGUGAAUGGCUAUUUUCUAAAUGUUAUGUUACUUUACCUGAUUUUCCUUUUAACACUUGCUCCACUUGAUGUGGAAGUUUUUUUCCUUCUCACUAAACAAAUUCCAGCACUAAAUGUACAAAGAAAAUGAAAGUAGCACUUCAGAAUCAAUGUGAGGUUGAAAAGAAAAUCAAAUUUCAGUGUUUAAAAGCAAAGAAAAUGGAAGAGUAUUUGAGUUUCUCUUUAAAGUGUAGCCUUGGUGAAUUAACAGAAUAUAUUUAACACUUUAAAUCCUUUGAGCACUGAAGUGUGUUAGGCUGUUCACCAAUAAAACACCAAGAAGCCAUUUUGUUUCUGAAGGAGACUUUGCUUUAGGAAAUCCCAACUCUCUCCAGAUAGAUGAUGGUCUGCAUUUGAAGUGAAAUAAAAUUCAAGUUGGAAAAUAAUGUUUUUCUUUAAAAAAAAAAAAAAAUCUACCAAUCUGUUAAUGCGACAAACAAAAGCCAUCCUAGUAAAGUAGAGUAAAAAUCACUGUGAGCUAAUCCAUAUUUAUUGUCAAUAUAGUUAUUUUAACCUCAACCACAUUACGUGAUUUUUUUGUAUUAUUUGAUCAUCAGAAAUCCUUUAAAAAGGAUUUUCCAGAUUUUAUUUUAAAAAAAAAUUAACAGGCCUUUAAGUUUGUUGUAGUUAGGCAUGAUUUUUUGAAAGUUUUUGUGCAAACCAUUUAAUAAAAUAACUUAAUGCUAAGAAAAGAAUAAUAUAUUUUAAUGUAUUUGUAGUACAGUUUCAAGGCAUGAUGAUUGUUCUAGUCUAUUAUAUUUUAUGAUGGUUUUCUUAGUGCUAAUUAGUUGUGUUCAUGUGAAUGUAUUCCAGGAAGCCAGCUGGAAAAUACACAAAAAUACUUUUUAGGUUUUCUAGGAAGAAUUUCUUAGAUUGAUGUAUUUCCUGGUUGUUUGUGUUUCUAUAGCCAUGAUGAUGCGUUAAAAACUUUAGAUUUUUGAGUCUUUGCAUAUAUUGUCUUUUUUAAAUAGAUGUGCAUACAUUUUUAAGAAAGUUUGAUAAAGAACAUUUUGUAAGUUAGACCGAUUAUUGGUAUGCAACUACCAAACUUUUGAAUGCAGAAAUUUACAGUAAUGAAACAACAAAAUUAUUGUCAGGGAUAUAUUAAACAGCUUGUGUGCCUUUAAUAAGGAGCUUUCUUGAGUCUGUUAAAUAUUUUACCCCCCCAAAAAAUUCCUGUAAUCUUUGGCAAUAUGAGGUUUUCACAUUAACCUGUGAUUUGCAUGUAGUUUCCUCCCAACCCUGGUUUUUCUUCUUGCUUGUAAAAUUGCAUGGAAAUACAAAUUCAUGUGUUUUUUAGUACCUAAAAAGUGCAACUUUUAAUUCCGAUUUGUCUUGUUCCGUUAUUCUUGCAAGUGAGACAAAUAAACACUGGAGUGGUAAGAGCAGGGGCUGAAAAUUCCAGCGUACACCAACAGAUGUCGCCAUACUCUAUAAACUCCACCUUUAACAAGGUGAGUGAAAAUUGGUUUGCUGUAAAUUUGAAUCAAAUUCUUAUAAAUGUUUUCUUUGCUGGAAAAAAACAGUUAUGUUUUUUUUGUUUGUUAGGUUUUGUUUUGUACAAACAUAACAAAUUAUUGUUAUAAGAAGAAGGACUGUCUUUAGACACUGUUGGUUUGUUGGUCUGAAAACCCAGGCAUCACCUUUUUACUCUCCUGGGUAUUGGAGUUAUAGUUCUUGUUUGCUUGUGUGCCAUUUGUUCUUGAUGGCAGUGUUUUAUGUCUUUUUCAGGUUUGUGAACUGGAUUUUGUCUGUCUCAUGUUUCUCUUGCUGUGUUCCAGUAAGUCUGUAUGAUUUUGAAGUGUAGGUUCAAAAUCCAGUCGGUCCUAAAUGUCAUGCUGAGUGGAAUUGUCAGUAGUCUGAAAAUCAUUCACCGAAAAAAUACUGUACCUAUAUGUCUCUUUGUAGGCAAAAUCACUUUAAAUAAUGGUAUGCAUGCUUUAAUUUAUGUUAGGACAAAAAAUGUCAUGAGUAUAUCAUCAGGUUAUGAUACUUGGUAGUGUAUAUUUAUUUUUCUCUCUUUUUAGAAUAAUUGCACAAAUUUAUUGUUCUUUCUACACGGUGGAAAAUCAAUGUAAAGUCUGAUAUUUGCUGUGUUGCGUUGACUUUAAUUUUUUCAAGGUAACUCUGUGACAUAGGUUGGAUUUAUUCUGAGUGACAACAGUUUGGAAGUCCAGCCUCAGGCAGCACAAAUACAAACAGGACAUUAAAUCUAACUUUGUUCAUACCAUAGUUAGAUCCUGAACACUGGCCUUUAAAUUAUACAACGUAAAUCAUAAUGGGAUAAUUUCAGAGACUUAAGCAGAGUUUCAUCCAAACACUAUUUUGGCAUCAAACAUUGUAUACAUUUAUAUUUAACUAGUAAAUGCAGAAACCCAAAAUAGACGUUGGGACCCAACUUGAGGUCAUUUAAAUUAUGAAGAAUUUAAAUUAAGAAUUCUUAAUUGUUAAUUUAAGAAUAAGUGAUUUGUGGUGAAUCACAUAUGACCAUGGUGAAUUUGGGUUAUAACCCAAAUUAUAACCCAAUGUUAAAGAUAUAAAAACAGUAAGAAUUGGCUUUUGAUUCUGCUUUUAUUGCUGUGACUGUACUCCUAGCUGGCUUAGUAGAAAUGCGAACAUCUCUGCACAGUUACAAUCUUGGAUGAAAUCCAGAAAGCUAACAGACCAGCUUUAUGUGCUGCAGGAUGAUUUGUUUGUUCCAGUUUAUUUAAUCAGGUUCAUUCGUAUGCUUUGUAAUCGCAUGGACAGAACACAGAUCACUGUUCUUUAACAGUUUAUGAUAAACUUAUCAAUGUAAAAAAGCAAAAUGAAAAUUAAUAAUGACCCUAAUCAACUGGUGUAAAUGUGGUUACAUACAGUUCUCAAUGCAUCAUUGCACAACCACAGAGACAUGCUACCUUUGAGAAGCCAUUUGAAAAAUACUUGACUUGACCUGGUGUCUGUGUAAACUAUAUGUAAGCAAUAUUAAAUAUGCCUCAUUGUAGGCAGUUAUGAAAACUGCUGUAUUUGGAAAAUUGUA